AUGGCCUCCGAAGCCCCCAAGGAUAUUCCCGUGCGGCCUGCCGCCGAGGCAAAGUCCUCUGAAGCCGUUGCCCCGCCAAAAGAUGCGAAGAAGCAGGCCCCGAGCCCCGAUGUCCUCCCAGAGGUCAUGAUCGAGCGAAACAAGCUCUUUGAGGAACUUUGGCAACAAUACCUUGAAGAGACCAAGAACCGUCCUCACCCCGAAAUCGCCGUUUCCCUCGACAUUGGUGACGGUAACCUGUCUUCGGUCCCCGCCAAAGCCUACGAGACUACUCCUGGUUCUUUCUUGCGCGAUGUUCCUAAGGAUAUUGCCGCCGAAAUCGUUAUUUGCAAGGUUGAUGGAGAGUUGUGGGACUUGAACCGCCCUCUGGAGAAGGACUGCAAGGUUUUGCUUGUUCCUUUCAGCAACCCCGAGGCUCGUGAGGUCUUCUGGCACUCCAGUGCUCACUGUCUGGGUGAAGCUUGUGAAUGUGAAUACGGUUGUCUUCUUUCCCAUGGUCCUCCCACCCCUCAAGGUUUCUUCUACGAUAUGGCUAUGCCCGACGGACGAGUUGUUCGCGAGACCGACUGGAAGGCGCUUGACACCAAGGCCUCCCGUAUCUUCAAGGAGAAGCAGAGCUUUGACCGAUUGGAGGUUUCCAAGGAGAACCUCAAGAAGAUGUUUGCAUACAGCAAAUACAAGCUGCACUACAUUGACAAGCUCGUUACUGGCGAGAGCAGCACCGUAUACCGUUGCGGAACCCUUGUCGACCUCUGCCGGGGCCCUCACAUUCAGAACACCGGCAAGGUCAAGACAUUCAAGAUCAUGCAGAAUUCUUCCGCCUACUUCCUUGGUGACCAAAGCAACGACUCCUUGCAGCGCAUUCGCGGUGUUGCUUUCCCCGAUAAGAAGGGAAUGGUCGAACACUUGAAAUUCUUGGAAGAAGCCGAGCGACGUAACCACUUGCGAAUUGGAAAGGACCAAGAACUAUUUUUCUUCGAUGAUGUCUCUCCCGGCUGUCCUUUCCUCCUUCCCAACGGAACCAAGAUUUUCAAUCAAAUCCAGUCCCUUCUGCGAACUGAGUACCGCAAGCGCGGCUACCAGGAAGUCCAGACCCCCAACAUGUAUGAUGUCGGUCUUUGGAAAACCUCUGGUCACUGGGAUCACUACAAGGAUGAUAUGUUCAAGCUUGACGUGGACAAGAAAACAUACGCUUUGAAGCCGAUGAACUGCCCGGGACACUUUAUCCUCUUUGGUCACCGUGAACGUAGUUACCGCGAGCUGCCUAUGCGUAUUGCAGACUUUGGCGUAGAUGAGGCCAGCGGUGCUUUGAGCGGACUAACGCGUGUGAGAAAGUUCCAGCAAGAUGACACGCACAUCAUCUGCACGGCUGAACAGAUCAUGUCCGAGGUGGAGGGUCUGUUCUCCUUCCUUGAGGCUGUAUAUGGACUAUUUGGAUUCUCAUUCAAGCUGAAAUUGUCCACGCGCCCUGAGAAGUACAUGGGCUCAUUGGAGACGUGGGAUAACGCCGAGGAACAACUCAAGAAGGCCUUGACCAAGUUUAAGGGUAAUGAUUGGACCAUUGAUGAGGGUGAUGGUGCCUUCUACGGACCCAAGAUUGAUAUCACCAUUUCCGACGCCCUGAAGCGUGAAUUCCAGUGCGCCACCAUCCAGCUUGAUUACCAGGCCCCCAUCAACUUCAAGAUGGAGUACAUGACCAACGAGAACCGCCAACCCGCAGAGACCCCCAAGGAGGGUGAGGCUCAGGCUGAGAACAAGAACGAGCCCGGUCCUGGCCGUGCCCGCCCUGUUGUUAUUCACCGUGCCAUCAUCGGCAGUUUCGAACGUUUCCUGGGUAUCUUGACUGAGCACUUCGGUGGCAAGUGGCCAUUCUGGAUCAGCCCUCGCCAGAUUCUGAUCGUUCCCGUUAUGCCCGCCGUGAACGACUACGUCGAGGAAUUGCAAGAGAUCCUGCGCGGUGACAAGCUGAACGUCGACAUUGAUAUCAGCGGUAACACCAUGCAGAAGAAGAUCCGUACCGGCCAGCUUGCUCAGUACAACUUCAUCUUCGUUGUUGGCGCUUCCGAGAAAGAAUCCCGCACCAUCAACGUCCGCAACCGUGAUGACCCGGCCACCCAGAAGCUGGGUGCCAUGGUACCCCUUGAGGAGGCUCGUGCCAAGCUCAAGGCUCUGCGCAAGGAGCGCCGUCUGGAGAACAUGCUGUAA